CACUACCAAGGUCCGUAGAUCGAGGGGAAGCUUCGUCGGGCACCUUUGCACGUCUUCGUGGUCGCACGAGAGCUCAGCGCGUUCUACGCGAUUCCGCGACGCGUUCUCGCGAAAGUUUAGUGCAAUACUUUAGGAACACUGGAGGAGAGAUAACGAUAGGGAGGAUAGAAGACGAAACGACGUCAAGUGAGGAAAGAUUAACCCGGUGCAGCUGUUUAAUUAUUCGACAUAAUUGAAGAAAUUUGGUGGAUAUAACGAAGGAAUGCGCUAGAAAGAAGGAUAGGGAAGAAUCGAAGGACAAUGGAUCAUACGAGAUGGUUCCUGGUGCUGUUGGGCAUAAUUUGCGCUUGUACUUGCGGCGUAAAAACGGAAUGCGGAAAUCACGCGCAGAUCUCGUUGCUAACUAGCAUUCACGACGAUCCGUCCUGCAGGAAACUGUCUGCCAGGGGCGUGCUACUUUACGAAGCUGCCAAGUUGCUCGCUGAACUACACAAUAACAAGUCUGCCGGCUAUGACAUCGAACUAACUGUUGUGGAUACGUGCGGUAGUAUAGCUGGUGCUUUGAAGGCAGCAAUGAAGGCUCUCGUGGGGGCGGACACAAACUGCUUGCAGCCGCCUCAUUAUUUAGGAAUUAUCGGGCCGGAUACUGCUACAAAUGCGGAAGCCGUACACAAGAUAACGUCGGUGCUGAAAGUGCCUCAUAUCGUGAGACGAGCAUCGAAUUCCCCUUAUCUUCAUCAUCUGGCAAAAGAAUCUGAUUCUUAUUUGGUCCAGGGAACGACAAAGGUCAUAGAGGAACUGAAGUGGAAAUCGUUCACACUGGUGGUGAACGCCGACGAGGAUGGCGAGGACGACGCUCAAAACAUCGCGAAAAAACUAACAAUGGCUGCUAUUCAGAAGGGUCUUUGUGUUUUGGUGUACGACGGUGAUCAAGACGAUUUGACAACGCACAUAGUGCACAUUGGAACACCGGAAGACGGGUUCUUCAGCAAACCCAUCAAUUCUACUGUUUUAGUUGUCAGCGAAGGACACCUCGAGGGGCACCUAAACCAUGUCAAUUCCACCAAUAGUAUACUACUUCUGGAAGACUCUAGGAAUGAAUUCGCCGGAUUAGAAACGAGGGUGGAAAAAUCGAAAUGGUGGUCGAACAAAGACAAUGGGAGAUUCGACAGCGAGGAAUUGAGGGACGUAAGAUGGCUCGAGGACGCGAUAAAAGUGUACGCGAAAGCGUUAGACACGCUGUGCAAAAAGAAGAAAUGCAAAAAUCAGGUAAACCCCGUUGACUGGAACAACGUGUUAACGAACGUCUUGGCCGAUCAGGCGAAAGAAUCGCAAUCGGUACCCUCGUCUCUCGAACUGUCGAUGAAAGUAAAGGCAGCCGACCUACAAACUCUUGGGAGCAUCGUUGUCAACAAGAAUAAAGUGAAGUUGCAUUGGGGUAACGAGGAUGACGAUGACGACGACGAUAAGGACGGCGACGACGACGACGACGACGACGACGAUGACGACGACGAGGACGACGACGAUGAUGACGAUGGCGAAAUGCCGAGUAUGUUCAAGAAAUUAAUUACCAAAGAAAAAGGUACGAAGACAGGUUGCGCGACUACACCUAAACAGAUUAAGUUAUUACACGAUGACGACGACGACGACGACGACGAAGCUACUCGAGUUCUUGUUUCCGAAAUGGACGACAGCGAUUGGUGGACGGUGGUAGGUACAGUGAGCGGGGUCGGGGUGGCCAUGUUCGUCGUCGGCAUCCUGGCUGUGUACGUGGUGUACACGAACAUAAGGGGUCCUGUACCACCGAAAAACGCUCGUAUCGAAAGGGAUACCAGCUUGAGAAGGGUGGGUAGCGACCGCGAAACACCCGUUCGUGCGCAGAGGCAACCCCGUACCUUGCAGAGGAUGGACAGCAACAGAAGCAUCAGAAGUACCAUUUCCGAGAAGAGCGUCUGACCCCGAUUUCGAUACGUGCUACGCUUUUAUAAUGAAACGAUUCGAGCGAGUCGCCGCCGCUUACUCGAAAUUAGUCGCGAAAUAACGUGGCUCGCGCUGAAAGUUUUGCGAAUUCGCUUUAUAGGCCAGCGAGCAGACUUACGGCUACGAUUCUCAAGACUUUCGGAGUGCCAAUUGUUUUUCAGUCUAGCUCUCGAUCUAGUUAUUAUUUUUAGUUGGAAUUUCUUAAUUAUGUUCAGCGACCGCUUGGGUUCGUUUCGGUUCGAUCAAGAUACGCGGAAUUGCGACGAACCGUGGGUAACGGUCGUCAAUCUUUUCAGCAAAUUUUGAUCAUUUAGAAACGAAACACGAAUCAGUUAAUAAAUUAUCACGCGUCGAGGCAUUGAAGUCUUGAGAUAUCAAUGACGGAACAUAGUUCUGAAUCUAACGAAACGCUUAGAAGGAUUUAUCGUUAUUGAUUUCGCGAGAAGUUGAUGUAUCAUUCAUGUGUUAAAUAUAUACAGCUCACCGAGCUAA